UAGGCAAUGAGUCAGCCAGACAAGAUGGCAGCCAUAUCCACAUCGUGGAAGAGCCCCCACGAUCCUCCCCCAGGCAUCACAUCCCUCACGUUCUCGAGGAGUGUGGAUGUAUGGAUGGAUGAUGUAGACGAGGGAAAUUGUAGCUACAACGCCACAACCUUCGAAUAUAACGCAUGUACCAACGCCUCCAACGCUUUCUUACUGAACGUCAAUUCCUCGACAACUGCAGACCAGCACUCCUACUACUUCUAUGAGGCGGAGCAGUUCGCGGUGCUGUGGCUGCUGCUGCUGUCCAUCGUGCUGGGCAACGCGGCGGUGAUAGCGGCGCUGCGGCUCUCCAAGGCACGCAAGUCUCGCACUAACUUCUUCAUCAUGCACCUCGCACUGGCAGACCUGUCCGUGGGUCUGAUCCAUGUGCUGACAGACCUCGCAUGGAAGACCACGGUGGGGUGGUAUGCCGGCAACGUGGUCUGUAAAGCCGUCAGGUUUGCACAGACGCUGGUGACGUACUCGUCAACGUACGUGCUCGUGGCGCUCAGCAUCGACCGCUACGACGCCAUUACUCACCCGAUGAAUUUCUCCGGCAGCUGGAGGCGGGCACGGCAGUUGGUGGCGGUAGCGUGGGCGCUGUCUGCGGUGUUCGCAGCGCCCAUCCUCGUGCUGUUCGAGGAGACAGAAGUUGACGGCGAGUUGCAGUGCUGGAACUGGCUGACAGAGCCGUGGCACUGGCAGGUGUAUAUGGUGCUAGUGGCACUCACAGUCUUCAUCAUACCGUGUCUGCUGAUAAGCGCCUGCUACGUCACCAUCGUGUUCACCAUCUGGAGUAAAAGCAAACUGAUGAUGAACGCUCAGCGACCCAUGACGGCCUCUGCCAUCGUCACCGCUACGGCACCUCAAUCUUGCCAGAACGGUGGUGAGCGAAGCUCAAUGCGCGCGACGUGCGACGAAGACUCGCGCAGAGCGAGCUCCCGCGGACUCAUCCCGAAGGCGAAGAUAAAAACCGUCAAGAUGACUCUCGUCAUCGUCUUAGUGUUCAUCAUCUGCUGGUCGCCGUACAUCGUGUUCGACUUGCUGCAAGUGUUCGGUUACGUGCCACGAACUCCCAAGAACAUGGCGCUCGCUACCUUCAUCCAGUCCUUGGCUCCCCUCAACUCCGCCGCCAACCCCGUCAUCUACUGCCUCUUCUCCACCCACGUGUGCCGCAACAUCAGGCAAAGGUGUUGUCCGAACAAGAAGCUACCGGCUAAAAAAACAGCGCUGAGCGGACUGGCAGGGGCAGCGGUGAUGCCUCUGGUGCGAGUGCCAGCGAGGACGCUAGCGCCUCAGGUUCCGGACCUUCAAACAAACCUGGAAACUAAAACUGACAGUAAAAAUAAAAAUCAAGGGCAACAACCAGCCAGUGUCAUGUCCAACAAAUCUCCAGAAGACAUAGGUUCCGAGAUAAUAACUACGCAAAAUUAUAUCAAAAAUAAUAAACCUCAUGACCUUCCGAAAGCUAAAGACGUCGUCGAACUUGUCCUGGUAAACGAGAAACAGAAGCAACUACCCACCAACUUUUUGUUCAACCAAACUCUUGAUGGCAUCUCACAGCACGAAAAUAAUUUUCUGAAUAUGGCCUUCAAUCAGCGAACCCUGGCGGAGUUUCCAGCAGCUCCGGAGAAUCGACUUAAUAUGAGGUCUGUAGGAAUGGAAAACAUGGAAUGCAUGGAACGUAAGAUAAAAUCUCGAGAAGAUUUGCAUGAAAGAAAUAAUGAAUUGUCUUUAUGGACAAAAGUGUGUGAUGCAGCUCAGGUGCAAACUGUUAUUGUGUCGCCAAGUCAGCAAAAUUUCCCACCUUUGCUGAAAAAUAGACUAAGCUUUCAGGGAUUGGCAUCUCUGGAACCUCAUGGCGCUCUCAAAAAGAGAUCGUCUGAAGGAAUCCUAAAUUCAUGUAAAGAUUCUUCCGUUCAUGUUCAGAAAAAUCCUUUGCCUGAGAAUCAUGAAACAUCAAAUUCCACGACGACCAAAAAUGGUUGUAAAAAAGUUUCUCUGAAUCUUACCAUCAACAAUGUGCUCGAUGACUUUGUUACGAAAAAUUCCUUACCACCGAUCUUGAGGAAAAAGGAACCGAUACAUGAUCGAGGUCCACCAGAUCGUAGAUCUGUACAGUACUUGUUGGGCAGUAGAUCAUCGCAUCACUUACGAUCGUCGCGACGAUCUCUCCACAUGGACACCAAUGUUCCCUCUGAUCAACUCAGCGCCGAUGUCACGCAGAAACCGCAGAAUGUCAGCGCAUCUCGUCGCAAAAGUUCUGGAUGCUCAACGCUGGCAUCCACCAGGAAUGUCAGUAAUAAAAUCGGAUCGGAUUCAAACCUUGAGCUUCCUUUGCGCUAUUCGGUAUUGUGUCGAUUUUCUAAAUCGACUUCGAAUCCUUGUAUUUCUCAAUCCAAGCUUAGUCAUCUAUAAAACAUAAAGAUUUAUGAUAAUUAUUACCACAACAUGAUUGUUGUCUGAUUAUUAUAAUGACAGCAAUGGUUUGGGCAAAUCUCAUGCACUGUUAACAUUAACCAAUAUAAAAGUAGGGUUUUAGUUGCAACGUAAAGCGGAAAUCAAUUAAAGUUAAAUAAGUUUAGCAUCUGCGUCUUCCGUAAGAGUUACAAUAAAUUGUAUUAACUUAACUUUAAAAAUUUGAGAAAUAUAUUAUAUGUUAUAAACGUCCAUGUUGAGAAUUACGUCGCUAUAUCCGUCCUGUUUUGAUAAUAACGUUAAACUAAAAAUAUCAGUCGAUGAGAUUUUCCUUCAAUUAAAAACUAAUGAUAAAGGAGCUCCAUCUUCCAGGUAGAAAAACGUUUGGAGUUCAAAUAAAAGUUUUGUUCGUAUAUAAAAAAAAUUGUAUGAGGAAUCCAACCUAUUAACGAUUACUUAAUGAAGUAGCAAAUAUUAUUUCGGCUUGAAUUAUUAUUUCGGCUUAUUUGAAGUAGCAACAAUAAUUUAAUGUUCAAGCUAGUCGCGAGCAUCUAGUGCGUUAAUUAAUUUUAUUAUUGAUAAACGUACUUAACUAUAAGUGUUUCGUAUGAUGAAUAGGCUUAAUAAGUAAAUUCACUUAGAGAAUGUGUUCAAUACCGUAAUUGUAACGUAAUUUUACAUGUAUAUUUAGAAUAGCACUGGA